CUUUCUGAUCACAAACAGGAAACUCAUUCUGUGUCCGUCAGUCGUCGGAGUAAAAGUUCUGGAACAGUUGCUGUUUUUAGAUGAGCAAUGAACUGCAAAUAUAAGCUUAUAUUUCUGUUCCUCUGUGGCUUUACUGGGCUCACUGUCUCGGAGGAGGAAUGUAAAGAAAACCAACUGGAGGGAACAUCAUGCACCAUGAAGUUAAAAAAAUCAAUUGAGAAGACAUCAGAAGUAAAAUGGACCAAUGAUAAAUCUGUGAUUGUAGCUAGAAGGAAAAAAAACAAGGACACCGUAAAUGAUGGUUUCAGAUUGGAAGUCGAUGGAUCCUUGACAUUUAUAAACAUUAGACUGACUGAAUCUGGCCUGUAUGAUUUCAGAGUUUACAAUUCUGAAGGCACAGAGACUGCUAGAUCAAAAGUCCCCAAACCAGAUCUGAAGUGGACCUGUAACACCGAUGGAAAUGUUACGCUCACCUGUAAUGCUGGAAACGGGGAAGAUCUACAGUACACCUGGUUUGACAGAACAAAUCCCAUAGAAAAUAAACACACCAAAACUUUGAUCUUGCCUGUAGCGAAAGUGAAUAAUCCGUAUUCUUGCUCUGCCAACAAUCCCAUUAGUGAAGCCAGAAGUGAGAAUAAAACAGUAACAUGUGAAAGCGCAGGAUUGAAAACACUCUUUGGUUUUGAUUUCUGGAUAAUGGUGAGCAUUCUAGCAGGUGGAGGAGCUCUUCUACUGUUGCUAAUAUCCGUUCUGCUGAUCUGUGCGUGUCGAAGCUGUAAACAACGGGAGAAAUGUCGGCGAGAUGAAGAGGAGCUCAAGCUGAGGAUUUUUAACAAUUCGGCUUCAUCUGGACAAAACAGAUGCAAAAGCACAGCGAGGGGGCAACCGGCACCCCCCAUCCCGCCAGUGGAACCCAUUACGUGCAGCCCGACCACACAAACCCCACCUCAACCCAAAGCCAACGUGCGUGCUCGUCCUCCACCACCUCCACAGGAUGACAAUGAGGACGAUCCUCCUCCAUUACCUCGACCCAGGAAAAACAAUCACCGGGAGAGGAGGAAUCAAGCGCCGUACCAACCAAUGGAAUAAGAUGCCAGCCCAGGAAUCCUACCUGAACAAUAAUAUGGGACUCUCAAUGACUUGCAUUGAUUUUUAAAGCCAUAUUUUGUUGGUGAGAACAUCUUUAAAGGUGCACUAAGUCAUUUCAUGGGCUAUGUUUGAAAGCGCUUCCUACAAUGCAAUACGCUCAAAUCGACCUUCAAUUUCCAAUGUGACGAAUGGGUCAUAAUUAAUAUUCAACUGUGAUUCGUAACGUUUUUUUUAUCCAUUUCUUAACUCAUUCUUUGACUGAUAAACGUUGAAACCAUUUUUUUACCCAUUUUUAUUUCCAAGAUGAUAACUGGACACCACUCAGCGAAUUAAAUUAUUAUUUUUUAAAUCUUUAUUUGUAGACCAAUGCCGACUUUGACUUUCUAUUUAAAAAAUAUUUGUGGCAGUAUAUAGUGUAUACAGCACCAUAUUCGGUAAGUAGUAAGCAAGUGUUUUAGUCCAAAUAUCGGCAUGUUUAUGUUUUGCUGGCUCUGUGGCUGUGUCUCCUUUCAAAGGCUGCAUGCUAUGUAGGACACGUUCCAUUAAACAAAUCUGGUUUAAACGAGAUGGCCUUUGUAGAACAAACAGAAAUGGAAUAUAACACGGUUGCUAUGACAGCACGCUACUCUUCAACAAGCGCGUGUGCUUUGAGUGAGAAGGGAACAAAGUUCCUCAGGAAGGGAAUGUACGAGGUCAAUUUUAGGAGAGUUAUAAUGAUGAAAAGGUGUACUUUUAGUCUAAUACUUUAUUUUAAUUAUAUAUUCAUAUAUUUAUACAUAUUAUAUACUCUGCACCCACCUACUGAGGUACUUCAACUUGGGAAUUAACAUUCCUUGCCUUUGAACAUCACAUUUACGGGCAAAUUGCCGUUAUUAUUUUUUUUAAACAUUUCCGUUGAAGCAAAGAAUUGUGGGUUGUGAGUGCCCAUGAAGGAUACACCUCUUGCAUCCUCCAAAUUCCCGUGAAAGAAGGUCGCAUUCGAAGGCUGCAUUUGAAGUGUCCUACUCGCUUUUCUGAAACGAGACCGCCUCGAUGAAGUAUGCGGCCGAGAAAUACGAUCUCCGUAGGAUGCAGCCUUCCAAACUAGACACAGUCAAUGUGUUUGUUAAUUUGCUUGAUGAAUUUAGCUAGAAACAGCUUUUGAAGAAAAAAACAAACAAACUAGUAACUUAGUGCACCUUUAAGAGGUAGUGUUUUGAUAAUCUAUGAGCAGGUUGUUGUACAUUGAAAGAUUUACUGCUGAAAAUGAGGAUGUGCAAAGAAAGCAGUUUUGAGGUUAGCACACAACUGUGGGAAAAACAUUUACAGUAUGUAUUUGAUUAUGUGUUCACCUAGAAGUGCAUUUGGCUCAAAACAUUUUUGUAUAUUUUAAUAUUAUGCGAUAUUUAAAUUAUUUCAGUUAGUCCAAUUGCUUAUAUAGCUAAUAUGCUUUUUGCUUUCCAAAAGAGUCUUGUGAAUGCCUAGCCUUUAGUCUUAAUGGCUCACUUAAUGGCUCAGUCGAACGCUUUCGCUUUUAAAGUAUAAUCUUUUGACCGCAAGCCAGUUCUGAAGUAUUUGAUGCAUGCGCACUUUAAAUGCUUUGUGAUCUUUCUUUAUUACAGUCAGUGCCAGGCGCUUGUGCAUAUGACACGUAAAGACAGGGAAAACUUGUCAAGAUAAACUGGAUUGCACGUGGACCGUCCACGCGUAAUGUGCUGAUAAUGGAAUUUGCAUCACUGUGCGGAAAACUGAAAUAUACGUUUACCUUGAUAGGGUGACAUACAAAAAAUUGCUAAAUUUGGGCCUGGGUAUCUCAGCGAGUAUUGACGCUGACUAUCACCCCUGGAGUCGUGAGUUCGAAUCCAGGUCAUGCUGAGUGAAUCCAGCCAGGUCUCCUAAGCAACCAAAUUGGCCUGGUUGCUAAGGAGGGUAGAGUCACAUGGGGUAACCUCCUCGUGGUGGUGAUUAGUGGUUCUCGCUCACAAUGGGGCGUGUGGUGAGUUGUGUGUGGAUCGUGGAGAGUAGCAUGAGCCUCCAAAUGCUGUGAGUCUCCACGGUGUCAUGCACAACGAGUCACGUGAUAAAAUGCGCGGAUUGACGGUCUCAGAAGCGGAGGCAACUGAGACUUGUCCUCCGCCACCCGGAUUGAGGUGAGUAACUGCGCCACCACGAGGACCCACUAAGUAGUGGGAAUUUGGCAUUCCAAAUUGGGAGAAAAGGAGAUUCAAAACAUUUUCACAAUGAAGCAGACACGGUGUGUGGUCAUGUAAACGCAUUAAACGUUAUUUCUUUAUUGGUAUAAGGUCAUAAACGUCGUGAGAAUAAACCAAUCGACACGUGCAGAUGUUUGCCCAUUAUGCCGUGUUGCAUAUUAACACCUUAGCCUGUGUUCUUACCGGCUUAUACAAUGUCCACACUUAUUUUGCGCACGCCUCUUCACUGUUUGACGUCAAAAGCAGAGAAUAACGUGCUUAUUACAAAUUUCAUGUAAAUGCCGAUUUUUCACUUUUUUUUUGUUUAGAGUGUAAACAUCGUAUUGGUGUGCAUGCAAACGCACUCAUUCAUGUUAAUUUUUCAAUUCAACUUUUGACUCAAUUGUUAUGAUGAUAAUACAAUUUGUAAUUAAAUUAGAAAAGAUUCCAAAUAGAAAAUAAUGGUUUUAAAGUUUUGGACCCCACUUUAUGUUUGAAGUACAGAUGUAUCAAUAAUACUGUCAAGAAUUGACGAUUCUGGUGAAUCAUGGUUUUCCGAAAUCAUUGACAAACAGUUUGAGCAGAACAAUGCAAAGCAUGCUUUUUGUGACUUGUUUGCUUCUUUUCAGUUCUUGAUCUGUGGUGACAUUUUAACACCGAAAUCGCAUAUCUAGUCCAUAUGUGUGAAGGCUUCAGGGAUGUGGUUAACUGCAUCUCAUUUAACUUACAGACUGCAUGACUUGUCAGCUUUUUUUCUAUUGUUUGCUCUCUUCCUGUGUGUGGGAGAUGGUGCAGCCUCCAGAGUGCACAAGAUGUUUCUUAUACUGAAAGUUAUAUUUUACCCAAAAAGGAAACUUUUGUCAUCUUUUACUCACCCUCAAGUUGUUCCAACGUUGUAAGAUUCUCUUCUGUGAAACACCAAAGAAGAUGUUCUGCAAAAUGUUUGGGACUAUUUGCGCAAAUUUGUGGUUAAAUUAACCAUAAUUGUGCUGUGGUGAUAACUUUGGUGGCCAACCAUGUUUACCCUGUGAGAUACUUUUUUCGUUUACUGAGCAUUUGUUGUCUUACUUAAAGCAUGUAUAAAUUAUAAUGAAAUUUAUAUACAGUACAAUAUAAAUUAUAUACAGUACAUGCUGUAAAAUUAUGUAGUUUAUGUGUUCAAAUAACAUUUGGAGCUAUUAAUAUCAUUGUGUGGAGCAUCUACAAUAUUUCCUAUUUACAAUUUUUUCUGUAUUUAUGAUUUUUGCUUCUCUGUUUGAUUAAUAACUUUCCAGUGAGAUCCUGGAAAUUUCCAGUGAGAAUGUGUGACAAAAUAUGUCACUUGUAAUAGACAUCUCAAUGUUUUGUUUGGAAAAUAAAAAAGU